AUGGCUAAAACCAGGCAGCUUCUUCGAAGAAGGAUCACAUACUCAGCUGCCAAGACUGAGGAAUCGAAUAUUCUCCAUCAGCUUGGAUACCACUUUGAGCAAACUAGAUUCUUUGCUCAGCUCCAUGAUAAACGCGAAUGGAUAAAAGCUGCGGUUACGCACCAUCUUGGCCUGAGAUCGUCUGCUGACUGCCAUGUGGCAGAUACAGAAGAUUGGCUUCAUGGCAGCUUUAAUGUCUGCGUCCCCAUUACGGUAGACAGUUGGGGUAAGCCUGUUCUUAUGCGGUUCCCGUUACCAUAUCGCGUCGGCGAGAGUUUCAGACCCGGAAAUUGCGAUGAGAAAAUCCGAUGUGAAGCUGGAUCCUAUGCAUGGCUUGAGAAGAACUGUCCGGAUGUGCCGAUCCCGAAGUUAUAUGGUUUUGGUUUGUCCACUGGCGAGACGUUCACUCGACUUGAAUUCCUGCCAUUCUUUCCUCGCUGUUUCCAGCUCCUGCGUCAGUAUUUUCUAUCGUGGCUGAAGAAAUCAGUUCCUUCAAACUAUGCCCGCCAUCAAAGCAAAGAUCGUAUAGUUCACAAUGGCUACCUGUUGAUUGAGUUUAUCGAAGAGACUCGCGGAUCUAUGCUUUCAAAUACAUGGUUGGAAGGGCGACAUGACCCGAAGCUACGUGCAACCCUCUUCCGUGACCUCUCCCGGCUUUUCUUAAACAUUAUCCGGAUUCCCGUGCCCAACAUUGGUUCAUUCAUCAUUGACAAUGACGGGUUUUUGCGUCUUACAAAUCGGCCACUCUCAAUGGAAAUCCAGCAGUUGGAGAAUGAGAGGAUACCAACUGAGAUGCCUCGCAAUUACACCUACUCCACCGUUGGCUCCUAUGUGGUUGAUAUACUCGGGUUCCAUGACAAUCGUUUUCGGUAUCAACCUAAUGCUGUUAACAAUCUCGGAGAUUGUGCCUACCAACUUUCUGUUCUAACCGCCAUGCGAACAAUUUUCCCAUCAGUUUUCGAUCGGAGAUUUUGCAGGGGCCCAUUUGUCUUUGUCUUUACAGAUCUUCAUCAAAGUAAUAUCUUUGUUGAUGCAGAAUGGCAUAUAACAUGCUUGGUGGAUUUGGAAUGGACCUGCUCUCAGCCAGUGGAGAUGGUCGGACCACCUUACUGGCUCACAAACAAGGGCGUAGAUCAAUUGGAUCCAGCAGAAUAUGAUGCAAUCCGACAGGAAUUCAUGGAAGCCCUGACGACGGAAGAACAGGCUUUGACUCGCAGUGAUUAUGGAGUCCCCCAGCUACGUCUCUCGGACUUCAUGAAACGGUCUUGGGAAACAGGAACAUUCUGGUAUUCACUUGCUCUCUCAAGUCCUUCAGGACUUUUUACGAUAUUUAGCAAGCAUAUCAAGCCUCUGUUCUGCAAAGACUCUGAGGAGGAGUUCCAGGUGGUGAUGCCGUUUUUCUUCGAAAGGAACGUUGGAUACAUUGCAGGUCGCAAACUUGCAGACAGGGAAGAAUAUGACAAGAACCUCCGACAGGCUUUCGAAGCCGACUCAGAAGCUUUCGAAGACAACUCAGACUGA